AUGGUUGUGAGUGAUGGAGGAUCACACUUCAUUGACAGAACAUUCAGAAACUUCCUGCGUGAGCUUGGAGCAAAGCACAACAUAGCUACCCCGUACCACCCUCAAACAAGCGGUCAAGCGGAAACCUCAAACAAGCAAAUCAAGAACAUCCUGCAGAAAACAGUCAACGAAAUGGGGAAGGGUUGGAAGAGCAAGUUACCAGAUGCCCUCUGGGCAUAUCGGACGGCCUAUAAAACCCCCAUAGGCAUGUCACCAUUCCAGAUGGUAUAUGGCAAAGCAUGCCAUCUCCCGGUUGAGCUCGAGCACCGAGCUUACUGGGCGAUCAAGAACUGGAAUAUGGACUUCAAGCUAGCUGGCAGGAACCGACAGAAACAGAUAACUGAGCUUGAAGAAUGGCGAGAAAAAGCUUACCACAGUGCCAAGAUAUACAAGGAAAGAACAAAGAAAUGGCACGAUCACCGAAUCAAACCCAAGGAAUUUAGAAAAGACGACCGCGUUCUACUCUUCAACUCCAAGGUACGACUUUUCGGUGCAGGAAAACUUCGGAGCAAGUGGAAAGGACCAUACACCGUCAUCGAGACCUCCGAGCAUGGUGCGAUCACCAUAGCAGAUGACGAAGGUAAUAUCACUAAGGGAAUGGGUAGCCACGCGCUAGCGCUGUUCGUGGAGUCGGGAGGAUCCUUCGACGCCGAAGGAGAAUUCUCUGAGGCGAACAUGAGGGAGGCGUUCGGUGUGGAAGGAGAGAUGCUCACGUACCCUCUUGCCAUCAUGCCCCCGUCAAGCAUCACGAGCGAAGGAAUGAGCCUGCGUUCCACGGCUCGCACGAAGGUGGCGGCGCACAAGACGGCGGCACCGAGGAAGACGGCGCGCGACGAUGCGCCGCCGAUGACGGCGAACAAGAAGAAGGCGCCUGUAGAUCCAUAUGUUGUAACGCCUUCGAUCCAUAUGUUGUAA